UUUUGUCCUAAAUCUGGAAGGAGAAAUGGAUGGUUGUGGCGAUGAUGAUGGAGGAGCUGGAGCUCACCUCCUCACGAACCCCUCAAACCCCUCUUCUUCUAUCGCCUCCUCCGAUCUCUCCACAUCAGCGUCCGUCGGCGCCGCCUCCAUCUCGAUAUCCUCGAUGAACUCUCAAUUCGAGGCUCUUGCCUCCUUCGACAUCCUCCGUCUAAUCUUCGAGAUGCUGCCUGUUUCGGACCUGGCCCGCGUCACUUGUGUCUGCCGCUUCUGGCGAUACGUUGCCUCUGACGGCAACAUCGUAGCGAAUGCAUUCAUGGCUCCCUGGAAGCUCAAGGCUUUGGUGGGGAAACCAUUGCACGGAAGCUUUUGGCGGGACAGCAGCAUCUCCAAAUUCGCCAUCUCUCACCGCAUCAGACGUGGGGAUACCGUGGCCAGCCUGGCCAUCAAGUAUUCGGUGCAGGUUAUGGACAUAAAACGGUUAAAUAACAUGAUGAGUGACUAUGGCAUUAAUUCAAGGGAGAGACUAUUAAUACCUGUAAGCAAACCAGAAAUCCUUGUUGAUGUCACAUGCUUCAUAGAGUUGGAUACUCAUGCAAAAAGGGAGGUGGCUGUGCUGUACUUGGAAGGUGGGCCUGACACAAAGCUCAGCCACGUCUUCAACCGGACCUCUGACCGAGGCAGGAAGAGGGUUAUUGACUCCAUAAAGAGAAGCAUGCAGGUUGAUGAUGGAACUGCUCUAUACUAUCUCUCUCUCUCAAAUGGUGACCCUCGAGCUGCACUUGCGGAAUUCUCUGCAGACCUAAGUUGGGAGAGGCAGGUAGGUAUAGCAUAGUUUAGUCAUGCUAUACUGGUGAGGUAUAACGUACGGGGAACUAUUGAUUUCAUGAGUUUCUAGUGUGCUGGUUCUCCUAUUAUGCCCCAUUAUCAAGAACGGAGAGAGGGCAUUAAUUUUACUUGUCUCCUUAAGGAAGGGUUUUACUUGAUUCAAGUGCAUUGUGAUCCUCUGUGAAUAAUGUUGAAGCUAAAGCAAGUUCUUGAUUAUCUUCUCUGGUGAGUGAUGGUCAACCUUGAACCUUCAUCCUUUCAAACUUACUAGUCGUAUUGAUGCAGUAUGCAAUUGUGUGGUUGAAUUGUAUAAAUAUAUGAAAGCUUGAUGAUGUUGUGGAUCUAUUGGAAAUGUUACUUAUAAUGGAUGUAUAUGUUUGAAUUUUCCACAAUCUUUGUGCAAUACCACAGCUAGAGAUCUUGCCA